UCGAAAACAACAACAAUUAACAAUGGAAGUCGUUACAAUAUUACUAAUAACAAUAUUCAUUUGCCUUGUGGUUGCAAAUAUUAGCAAAUAUUUGCCGAGCGCUGCUAAAACCCCAAUGGAUGUUAAAAAUAAAAGCACGUCAGUCCUAGAAGAAUUGAAAAAACUCGAGUACAACUUCAAGACCAACAUUCAAAUCGAAUCACCAGCAGGCGAUAAUGUUCACAUAAAUAUAGUUGAUCCAUGCAAUCCAGCAGAUAAGGACAAACGUAAAACCUGCAACAUCUCUGACCCCACUUCCUGCAACUCGUGUCCCUACACCACUUGCACCCAUUUCGAAACCGACGCAACGAUCGACGGUAUAACAAUUCCCAAAAAUCGCGAUGAAGAUCUUGGGUACUGCAUUUCGUCUAAAGAUAUGUCCGAAGGUUGUAAUAAAUAUCACGGCGAUUGGGUUAUGAUAAAAGCAUCCGCUUCCAUCAAAGACAACACCAACGCCAAUGACUACAUCCGUUUCUGUCUUUGCAAAAAACCCGGAUUCAUUGGCAACCGUUCAUUGUUCGGUAACUGCAGCACUCCAUUCAUCUGCGAUGGUAAGGUCAAAGAUAUUAAUGUCGAGUACGAAUCCAUUGAGUGUAAAUGUUUGGACGAAUAUAUUCCAGCCCCAGUUGGUGAUGAUGGUCGUAUUUGCAAAGCUCCAACCGUUUCACAACGUUGGAAUUGGUCAAAUGUUCCGAAGCCACUAGAAUUCAGAGAUUCUUUCAUAAAAGUUCGUGAUUAUUAUAACCACGCAGUAAAGAGUGAGCUUAACCAACUUGAAGAAUUGAUUGAUCCCUGUAGUAUUUGUCCAAUAACUGGAAAUCAAACUUACGGUAAAUCUGUAACUAUUGAAAAUGAGCAUCCAGAAAAGACUACAGUCAUAUGUAGACCCAGUAAUAAUAAUCCAACCCAAGAAGGCAAUUAUGGAAUCCCACUAAGAAGAAAAUUUGACGGUGAAAAACGUAUGCUAAAAGGAACUUGGGGUCCUGACGCGAUGCUAGCGAUACAGUGGGAUCAAUUAUGGGUCUAUGACAAUGACGGUGAAAAAGAACAUGAAGACAGCAGACAAUUAUGCGUAUUUGAAUUUCAUUGCAAUGAGUACAAUAGGGCCUUUUAUGAUAAAUUGAAAAUUGAUAAGGACUUACAUAUGGGAAUUGAAUCAAGUAAAGAUGCAUUACUUGGUCUGACGGUAUUACCAAAAUCAUCAUUUAUGACAACCAUUAAUAUAGGUUGUUGGGCAAAAGCAUGGGUGUUUGGUUGGGAAUGCCACUUGACACAUGGGUCAAGAAUAGGGACGAUUGCUGAAGAUGAUUUAGUUGUUCAUCUGAUGAAUAAUAAUCUGCACGACGUGGUCAGUACGUACAUUGGAACCAAGCUUGUAGAACCGGGAGGGAAUACUGCCAGUACGGCUGAUUGGUACAAUAUGCAUCAAGUAAGAAUUCCCUUUAGUGAAGCAACUAUUCGUGUUUCUGAUGUUGACUACCAGUAUUUAACUUACAAUCCACAAUUCUUUAAUGCAACGGUACUGAGAAAAAUGAACUUUGGCGCAAUGAGAAUUACUCCUGUAACGAAAGAUCAGCGUGCUAAUAGCAGUUGGACUGGUCAUAGAACCGGUACAAGACAUUAUGAAGUAUUCUUUGUGAGUGUUGGCCAAGGGCUAAGUAAUGCUGUGGCAACACACAGAAAAGAUUAUACUAAAUCAGAUGAAGGAUAAAAUGUAGAAACCAGCCCGUCAUAUUCAAAAUUUCAAAAGUUAAAAUAUAUCCUGCGAUUUUUAAAUUUGAUCAAAUCCACAAUUAGUUGCAAAUUAAGCAGUCAUAUUUACAGUUUGAAAACGUUAAUUGGAGACAUUAAAAUGUACAAUGAUUAUUACUUUUU